AUGGCGGCGUCAGGGGCGGACCCGCGGAACCUCAUCGUCAACUACAUCCCGACCCCUGUUUCGGAUGACGUGCUGCGCCACCUGUUUGAAAGGUUUGGCCCGCUUCUCUCUGCCCGCGUCAUUCGCGACCGGAAGAAGGGCGAGCAUCCAAAGGGGUACGGGUUUGUGGUGUACGCCGACAAGGAGUCAGGGCUUGCAGCUAUGGAGGCAAUGAAUGGGUUUGAAAUUCACAACAAACGCUUGCGCGUGUCUCUUGCGUUUGGGCCGGGGAACGCGCAGCCCAAACGUAAGCCGAGUCCCAGGGCCACAGUGCAGGACAGGAAGGCGAGCAGUCAUGUGGCGUCGUUGCCCUCAGCCGGCCCAUGUGCCCCACGCCCGUAUCCUGCGUGUUCUGCGGGCUUGGACCCCAGAAGGGAUCCCAACGCCAUGGCGUUUCAAGGGAUGCCGACAUUUUCCUUUCCUCAGACCUUCUGCGCAUCUCCUCUGGCUAUGGCGCCACAAAAACUAACCAUCAUGAAUGCUGUUCCUGUGGAGUUUUACGCAGCACCACAUUUUAUUCUUGCUCCGGCAGAGGAUGGAACACAAUUACUGGCAACGCCCGUACACCCGCAGGGGUUAAACUCGCCGGCCUACACCCCUCCGCCCCCACCUCCGCCGUCGGUGAUUGUCGUUCCCAACACCGGUGUGAACAAUAACGUAAUCCACGCAAGUCUGAACGGCACGACCAUCGCUAGCAAAAGUAGUGCAGGCCUUGUACACAAUGGCGACAGUGACAUUAGACAGGUGCCGCCACAGGCUGCGCCAACGAUUCGGGUCCCAAAGGAAUCUGCCUGCCCGGCUUUGCUGCAGCCACUCUUUUUCCCACCUUCAGUUUCGCUGCUCCCACAGCUAGAUCCAGCAAUGGCUGGCGGCAGCCCAACUUGCUACUCGUCGCUAGGAUCGCUUGAUGUGGCCAGCGUCACUGCAAGCAGCAAGCCGUCAGAAGCAAUAAAUGGCUUCAUGCUGAGGUCCCCGUAG